AAGAAAAAACGGAUAAUGGUUGCUCGUCUUCCCUCUGUUCUCUUCUCUCCCACACUCACCACUCGCCCGCUCUUCUGAAACCAGAAGAAGAAGAAGCUCCAACUUGCUAGCAAAUUCGAAAAGUGUAAAUCCUCCGAGGAAGAAAAAGAAGAGGCAGGAGGAUGUUAGCAUGCCCUAGCACUAACACCUUCCAUGGUGGAGCCACGCUCCACCACCACCACCACCACCGCCGUUCUCAGCCUCCUUGCUGGUUCCUCCCUUUCCGACCUCACUUUGGCUUUGCUAAGGAAGGAAAAUGCCGCUCCCGCUCUCUCUCCCUCCUGUUCUCCGGCAACAACAACCGUAACGGCUUUGCUGUCAGAGCUUCCACGGAACCGUCGGACGAUAAGAACAGCGAUGGCGCCACACACAUUGCGCCGCAACCGUACUCCGUGAAGAUUCCUGUUGGCGAUAGACAUAUUUUGGUUGAGACUGGUCAUAUAGGAAGACAAGCCAGUGCGUCAGUUACAGUUACAGAUGGCGAGACAAUUGUGUAUACUUCUAUAUGUUUGGAUGAUGCUGCUAGUGAGCCAUCUGAUUUUUUUCCUCUUUCUGUGAAUUAUCAAGAGCGUUUUUCAGCAGCUGGUCGCACUAGUGGAGGGUUUUUCAAGCGAGAAGGAAAGGCAAAAGAUCAUGAGGUUCUUACUUGUAGAUUGAUAGAUAGGCCUCUUCGUCCUACAAUGCCUAAGGGCUUCUACCAUGAAACUCAAAUACUGUCUUGGGUUUUAAGCUAUGACGGAUUGCAUUCCCCUGAUUCCUUGGCGGUCACUGCUGCUGGUAUAGCAGUUGCACUUUCAGAAGUUCCAGUAUCAGAAGUAGUUGCUGGAGUUCGAGUUGGCCUUGUUGGUGAUAAGUAUAUAGUAAAUCCUACAACCGAGGAGAUGGAAAAGUCUGAGUUGGACCUUGUGCUGGCUGGAACAGAUAGUGCAAUAUUGAUGAUUGAGGGCUAUAGCAAUUUGCUUCCAGAAGAGAAGUUACUUAAAGCUGUAGAAGUUGGUCAGGAUGCAGUGCGAGCAAUCUGUAAGGAAGUAGAAGCUUUGGUUAAGAAGUGUGGGAAACCAAAGAUGUUUGACGCAAUCAAGCUACCUCCUCCUGAGCUUUAUAAAUAUGUUGAAGAAAUUGCUGGUGAUGAGUUGCUAAAAGUUCUUCAAAUUAGAAACAAAAUACCAAGAAGGAAAGCCAUUUCAGCAUUAGAAGACAAGGUUCUGAAGAUACUUACAGAAAAUGGGUUUGUCAGUAAUGACCCAACAUUAAGGAGUAAUGCUGAAACUAUCGCGGAGAUUCUUGAGGAGGAGGAUGAAGAUGAGGAAGUGAUUGUUGAUGGUGAAGUUGAUGAAGGUGAUGUUCAUAUAAAGCCAACUUCACCCAGACCAACUCAAUUGUUUGCUGAGGUAGAUGUAAAGUUGGUAUUUAAAGAAGUUUCAUCCAAGUUUUUGAGGAAGCGCAUUGUAGAGGGGGGAAGACGGAGUGAUGGGCGAACACCAAAUGGAAUACGUCCAAUCAAUGCAAGAUGUGGGCUACUACCUAGAGCACAUGGAAGUGCUCUUUUUACAAGAGGCGAAACACAGUCAGUCGCUGUUGUUACUCUUGGAGAUAAGCAAAUGGCGCAAAGAAUAGACAAUCUUAUAGAUGUUGAAGAAUACAAGAGGUUCUAUCUUCAGUAUUCAUUUCCUCCUUCAAGUGUUGGGGAAGUUGGCCGAAUUGGUGCACCAAGUAGAAGAGAAAUUGGACACGGGAUGCUUGCAGAGAGAUCACUUGAACCAAUUUUGCCUCCAGAGGAUGAUUUCCCUUACACUAUACGUGUUGAGAGUACUAUCACAGAAAGCAAUGGCUCAUCAAGCAUGGCUUCUGUCUGUGGGGGUUGCUUAGCAUUGCAAGAUGCUGGGGUUCCUAUUAAGUGCUCUAUUGCUGGCAUUGCCAUGGGUUUGGUACUGGACACCAAGGAAUUUGGUGGUGAUGGAACUCCACUGAUUCUGUCCGACAUAACUGGAUCUGAAGAUGCUUCCGGAGAUAUGGAUUUCAAGGUUGCUGGAAACGAAGAUGGUAUAACUGCAUUUCAGAUGGACAUUAAGGUAGGAGGAAUUACUUUGCCCAUCAUGAGAGAGGCACUCCUACAGGCUAGAGAGGGCAGGAAGCAUAUACUUGGGGAAAUGAUGAAAUGCUCACCCCCUCCAGCAAAAAUUCUUUCCAAGCACGCACCAUUAAUUCACAUAAUGAAGGUCCAACCUGAGAGAAUAAAUCUAAUAAUUGGUUCUGGUGGAAAAAAAGUGAGGAGCCUUAUUGAAGAAUCUGGAGUAGAGGCUAUUGAUACAGAAGAUGAUGGCACUGUGAAAAUAACUGCAAAAGAUUUGUCUAGUUUGGAGAGGUCUAAAGCGAUGAUUAGUAGUUUGACAAUGGUUCCAACUAUUGGUGAUAUAUAUAGGAACUGCGAAAUUAAGUCCAUAGUUCCAUAUGGAGCUUUUGUAGAGAUAGCACCUGGACGAGAGGGACUGUGCCAUGUUAGCGAACUUAGUUCAGGUUGGCUAGCCAAGCCAGAAGAUGCUUUCCAAGUGGGAGACCGCAUUGAUGUAAAGCUUAUAGAGAUAAAUGAUAAGGGACAUCUGCGACUUAGCCACCGAGCAAUGCUUCCUGCUACAGAAUCAGAAAAUUCAAAUAGUCAGCCUACUAGUGAACUCCCCAUAGAUACUGCAGAAUUACAAAAAUCAACUGACAAGGGUUCGUCAAAAAAAGUUAAUAGCCUGGCAAAAGAUGGUUUAGCCGAAGGGAAGAGUAAGCAGCCUAGGGAUAAGAUUGGCAAAGUCAGAGUCUCAUCUAAAAGGAGUUCAGAGGACGAUUCUGUAAUUCCCUCAAAAAAGUUUAUCAGGAAAUUGGUUAGCCCUUCCGAGGAUAAGCCUUCCAUGAACAAAGACGAUGUAAAGAGGAGUAACAAUGAAGCAUUUGGUAGUGUCUCUGGCAAAGAUGAAAAUAGUUUGGUUAGUGGAGAGGCAUGAAUUUAAUAGCUGCAAUAUUUGCAAGGAAAACACAUAAUAGUGAUGCUUAUGGGGAAAGCCAUUGGUUUCAUAUGCACAGGCAAGCUGAGGCUCUAAGCUCUUAGAAAUCAGCAGAUGAAUGAUUCCGUUUGCACCGAAGACCUUUUGGCAUAUACUUUGAAUGUUUGAACCUUUGUGACCGAAUCUCUUAACUCUACGUAAGCUGGUAGGGUGAAAGUCUGAAAAAUCUUACUCUCCUAUGCAUCUUUUGGUAUUACCCUGUAUCACUGCAAUGCCUCAAGAUUUUGUAUUUUAUUGUUGUGUUAUUAUAUGCAUGCCAUAGGAAUUGUUUUCCUAGUGGUACAUGUGUAUUACAUCUGUUCAUAAUUUAAUUUGUUUUUUUCGUCACUUAUUAUUUUCUAUGAUGCUUCCCUUCUGUUAUAGUCUUAUAGACUUAUCACUUAUGCGGUUAUGCCUAUAGCCGAUUUUGGAAAGUAUCAGAUGUAAAUUGUAGCACCCAUUAUACAGUGUACAAGUGAUUGGGGAGAAGUUAUAUUCUAGUGAUUAUAGUGGGUUUUUUAA